AUGUCUCACUUCCUCUUUCUCUUUCUCUCUCUCUUUAUCUAUCUCUCUCUUUCUAGCCACACUCUUUCUCUAUCUUCUGAAAAAAAAUCUAUCAUUUCAGACCAUCUCUACAUGUCUGACUUUCUCUCUGUCUCUUUAUCUUUCCCUCUCUUUCUCGAUUUCUCUCUCUCUCUCUCUCUCUGUCUAUCUGCUGAAAAUAAAGUCUAUCAUUUCAGACCAUCUCUAAAUGUCUCACUUUCUCUCUCUUUAUCUUUCCCUCUCUUUCUCGAUUUCUCUCUCUCUCUCUCUUUCUCCCCCCGCUCUCUUUCUCUAUAUUCUGAAAAAAAAAUUCUAUCAUUUCUGACCAUCUCUAAAUGUCUCAAUUUCUCUGUCUCUUUAUCUUUCCCUCUCUUUCUCGAUUUCUCUCUCUAUAUAUCUUUUGAAAAUAAAAUCUAUCAUUGCAGACCAUCUCUAAAUGUCUCACUUUCUCUCUCUCUUUAUCUUACUCUCUCUCUCUUUCUUCCCCUCUCUUCUCUAUCUUCUGAAAAAAAAUUUCUAUCAUUUCUGACCAUCUCUAAAUGUCUCACUUUCUCUCACUAUCUUUCUCUCACUUUCUCGCCCCCUAUCUUUUUCUAUCUUCUGAAAAAAGGUCUAUCAUUUCAGACCAUCUCUAAAUGUCUUACUUUCUCUCUCUCUUUAUUUUUCUCUCUCUUUCUCCCCCCACUCUCUUUCUCUAUCUUCUGA